AAAAUUUGUGCAUUGGAACCUGAAGGCCGGUUGAAAAUGGACCUAGUCCUAAUGAAGGCUGAUGCUCUGCUUCAGUGUAUCAGUGAAGAGCAAAAGCAUGAAAUAUUAUCCAGGCUAAAAGAUGUUAAAGCCAUGUGGGAAGAAACAGCCAUAUACAUUACUCAUUGUCACAGAGAAGAGUGAUGUUACUUGAAAAGAUAACAACAGAGCACAAGCUAUAUAAGACCAAUGUUGACCAGUUUCGGCUAUGGCUGACUCAGCUAACAGAAAGAUUAAACUGCUGUCUCAAUCAAGAAUCAAAACUGCCAGCAGAAAAUAAAAUCAAAGCAUUACAGGAUAUUACAAAAGAUGUAAGGAGUGGAGAAAAGAAAUGGAAACAUUUAGAAGCACAGUCUAUAGAUGUAAUGCAAAACACCUCUCCCCUGGGGGCAGAAAAGAUGAAGGCUGAGCUUGAGGAACUGAAAAAACUCCUGGAGAAUAUAAAGCUAGUGAGUGUGGAGGAAGAAGAGAAACUGCUGAAGAGCCUUCAGUCCGAAAACACCUACCACACCCAGGCCAGAGUGCUUGAAACUGAUGUUCAAGAAUUCCGUAAAAGGCUAAAAAGACUAGGAAACCACUUUGAAAAGGAUGAUAUUGUGAGAAGUGAUGAGGAUUUAAUUUCCCUAUGGAGAGGAUACAUGUCUGAAGGGGAAAAUGUUUAAAUUAAGCACGGAGAUUGAAACAGAAUUGAGGCAGCGCUUCCAAAACCCCCUGAGGGAGUGUCAGCUGUGGAAACCAUCAGCUCAGCGACUCCUGGACACCACAGUCCAUGUUUCUGAUCCUGCAUUGACAGAUGCAUUCCUGCGUCAGAUUGAGAGCAUUCAAGGACACCUGGAUGAAUGUGCAAUCCAAUUGGAAGAAAUAGAGAAACUUAUUCAGUCAGACCCAGCACAGAUGCAUAAAACAAAACAGUGUUCUUCUGACUAUCAAAUACUUAAGAGAUCAUUGGAG